GGAUGCUAGUCAGCGUGUGGCCAGUUGUUGCUCGCUUGCUGAUGUUUCGGGUUAUAUCGUGAUGUUGUUGAAGCGCCGCGAUAUUUCGUUCACUUAAUUUUAUUUGAAACUGUGCGAAAAUCACAAGAGAUAUGGAAUGGAUAACGGCGAUUGAUAAAAGGCCUUGUGAUCGCAAUGUGAAAGAUGUGGAGUUGAUUUCGGCGCGGCUUCGCCGUGUUGAACAGCUUUGCAAAUUACCCAAUUCCGUGCUUCAACAGUUGGCACUAUGUGGAUAUUACGAAGAUUUGGAAAAAGGAGUCACUUUGUUUCGACAAGGCGACAAGGGAAAAUGCUGGUACGCUGUAAUGGCCGGGACUUUGGAAGUGAGGAUAAUUCCACCCGAAAGUGAUACAAAGGUUCCUGUAACGCUGUGCACACUGGGGGUUGGAGCAACUUUUGGCGAAUCAAUCCUUCAGGAUCUGCCCAGGGAUACAACGGUCGUUACGCAAACAACGUGUGAAUUGCUCCGGGUCGAACAACACGAUUUCAAACUUAUAUGGGAGAAGAACAAGGAGUUGAUGAACGACUUGGUGUCCAACUGCAAGCUCAAAAACGGUUUCGGCACAGCCGUCAGCGGCUCUAAAGGUGUGGGCAUGCAGCAGCCCAUCUCGCCGCCCCCUCGCCGAUCAAUGUCUCCCGACCAGCCAAAUCCAGCUGAACCAAUAACCGAGUCACCAAGCACAAUAAUCGGCCGCAUCGGAUGGGCCUUACGAACCCUCCUCCUCUCCCAGAACACGUGUCUCAAGGACCGUAAAGUGUCCGGCCGGCUCGUCCGCCGCUGCGCCCCCGGGACGGAGCUCGUGGACUGGCUGCUGGGCCUCUCCUCCAGCAUCCACACCCGCGCCCAGGCGGCCGGCAUGUGGCAAGCCCUGCUGGAAGAAGGGGUCAUUUCUCACGUGAGCAAGGAGCAGCCGUUCAAGGAUAAGUGCUUCCUGUACAGGUUUUGGCAGGAUGAGGAGGGGCCGACGUCGCUGCCGCCGCUGGAGGACGUCGCGACGGCCGAGGAGCAGAUCCAGGACUCCUUGGGGACGCUCAUCCACCGGGGGCCCGACGCCGUGCUGCGGAUGAUCCUCAGGAAACAGAGUCAUGAAAGGACGCCGGAUGAUUUAGAGACAAUAUAUGAAGAGCUGCUUCAUAUUCGAGCGCUGGCUCACCUGUCCAACUCGGUGAAAAGGGAAUUGUCUUCGGUCAUUGUUUUUGAAGCGCAUCCGAGAGCGGGCACUGUGUUAUUUCAUCAAGGCGACGAGGGUAGAUCUUGGUACAUUAUAGUCCGAGGUUCGGUGGACGUUGUCAUCCACGGCAAAGGCACGGUAAACACCUUGCAUGAAGGGGACGAUUUCGGCAAACUCGCCCUUAUCAAUGACGCCCCAAGAGCUGCGACGAUAGUUUUACGGGAGAACAAUUGUCACUUCUUGCGCGUCGAUAAGGAGAAUUUUAACCGAAUUCUGAGGGAUGUCGAAGCGAACACCGUGCGAUUGAAAGAACACGGGAAGGACGUGCUCAUCCUGGAAAAAAUUAACACGCCCACCAAGCAGAUUUUUAGCUCACAUUUCAAGUACACUGUGAUGGCAGGAACGCCGCAAAAGAUGCUCGAGCACCUGCUCGAGACCAGACUUGACGGGAGAGGGACCAUGGGAGGAGGGGACAAUUUUAUUAUUACGUCGGCACAAGAUCCCUUUUUGGACGACUUUUUACUCACACACAUUGUGUUCAUUCCCACCCACCAACUCAUCGCAGAGCUGGACAAUUACUAUAGGAUAGAUUCGUCAAACCAGGACAAGGAGUUCGUCCUGGCGUGCAAACGCCGCGUGAUCCAGUUCGUCUACCGCUGGGUGACGACCAUCCGGCACCCGGUGUUCGAGGACGACGUGGCCGUGGAGUUCCUGGACGACCUGGCCUCGGAACUGGAGUCGGACUGCAUCCAGUGGAACGCUCUGCAAGAGGAAGCCUCUCUAAUGCACCACGUCAUGUCGCAGCUGCGAAGAUACCAAGAGGACAGGAAAGCGCACGAGGGACAGAAAUGGAAGCUGCCGCCGUGCGGCCAACCCAUCAGUUUGUUCAGCGGAAAUGAGACGAACCGAACAAUAAUAAUGCCUCAGGAUGAUAUUAUUUUCAGGGUUUACUGCGCUGACCAUACCUACUGUACUUUGAGAUUGCCGGUGGAUACGACCGCUGAAACCAUUAAAAUCGUCGCGGCUGAAAAACUCAAAAUGAGGUCCACGGAUGAGCUGCUGCUGGUCGAGGUCAAGUCUAACGGGGAGAGGGUCACUUUUAAAGACAACGAUAUUAGCAUACCGACGGCGCUUUCGCUCAACGGCAGGAUUUUCGUCUCCCCGAAGGACCAUCUGGACGCUCUGACGUGUCUGGCUGAACAAGAGGAGUCCACCCAAGGAAUCGACGCCGAUAUCGAACUGUUCAGUACUAAGGAACUCGCCUAUUACAUGACUCUCUUCGACUGGGACUUAUUUUGGUGUGUUCACGAGUACGAGCUUUUAUAUCACACCUUCGGGCGCCACCAUUUCGGCCAAAUCACCGCAAACUUGGACGUGUUCUUGCGCCGUUUCAACGAGAUUCAAUUCUGGGUCGUGACGGAAAUUUGCAUGACAACAAGUCUGAGCAAGCGAGUCGCUCUCUUGAGGAAGUUCAUAAAAUUAGCGGCUUAUUGUAAAGAGUAUCAGAAUUUGAACGCAUUCUGUGCCAUAGUGAUGGGUUUGAGCAACGUGGCGGUGUCACGUCUGUCGCUCACUUGGGAGAAACUGCCGUCGAAAUUUCGCAAGUUAUAUACUGAAUUUGAAUCGCUCAUAGAUCCGAGCAGGAAUCACAGGGCUUAUAGGGUCAGUGUGGGGAAGCUGCAGCCGCCCGUCGUCCCCUUCAUGCCCUUGCUGCUGAAGGACAUGACGUUCACGCACGAAGGGAACAAAACCAGUCUGGAUGGGUUGGUUAACUUUGAGAAAAUGCACAUGUUAGCUCAAACAAUGAGGACCAUUCGAUUCUGUAGAAGUAGACAUUUAGUUUUGGAGCCGCCCUCCCCGAAGAGCGAAGGCGAGGUGAAAUCCUACAUUUCGUGUUUACGGGUAAUUGACAAUCAAAGAGUGCUAACAAGUAUGUCGCAAAAGCUGGAACCUCGUCGAUCUUAGUGGCAUUACGUCCUAUCCAAGCGAGUCAUCACUUACAUAGGGUGGAGGAUGUGGAUGGCUUGUCCGUUUCCUUUCUACAAACCGCCCCCAGCUUACGUUUAAACUCCCCACUUUCUGUAAUCAAUAAUAAUCAUCGUUAUAUAUUUUUUACUCUAGGUAUUAAAUAAUGCAUGGUACACUUCCUACGAGAAAAUCAGAAUAAAAAUCAAACUUUUCACUUCAAGCUUUAAUCACUCGCCUUCCGGCGAGCAAUCAUAGAAUAAUCGUGAACUAGCACUUGUAGUUUUAAAGGAACAAGAGAGUUCUAUAUUCUUAUAUGAGUGGAUGCGAAUUUUAGACACUUUUAUUACAAUAAUGAAAUAAAUAAGCAAUAAACAUUGUGUUAGUUGACAAAUUCUAUUUGCACGCAGUUUUUAUAGGACGGGUUUAUUUAGAAUAAGACACGUUUUAUAUCGAUUUCUUCUCAGACUUGUGAUGAAUGGAACUAUGUUAAGGCUUCCUUAAGGAUUUGUUACGACAAUCAGGAGUAAUUGUAAAAUAUGUAAAAAUGCGAUUAUAAGUCACGAUUGCCAAAUUUUUAUUGUUAUUUAUUUACCGAGUCUAGAAAUAGAAAGUUGCUGUGUCAAGUAUUAGGUAUAAUAAUUGUAUCCACAUUUUUUGAUUAAUGUUCCAUUAUCUUGCGUUUAUUGCGAUAAAAAUGCCAAACCUGCUUCAAAUUACUGUGUGUCCACAGCAAUUUGAAACGGAUAUUAAUUUAGUUUCGUGUUCCCCUUGUCUUUUAUUUAAAAUUUGCCGAAAGUCUGCUUCACAGCUUGUUGUAUAAAGCAAAAAUAUCUAAUGUGAUAUAAAAAUUCAUGUUAUGUGCAUAAUUUUAAAUUCUAUAUUAGAGCCCAUGCACUUAUUUAUUUUUUUAUAUUUUUACCUUGUCAUUAAUGACAGAGUUGUAAGGAAAACACUCCAAUGCAUGUUUUGUGGACGAUCUCUGUUAUAGUCAUCUUUUUACCUAGGGUUAUCUCCGAAAUGUGUAUAUAAAAUAAUUACAUUUUUUAUUAUACUUACUCCAUACAAAAUUAAAUAAAACAUUCUUAAACAUUA